GUUGGCAGAUCUAUUUGUCAAUUCAUUGCAAAUGAUCGCUUUUUGGAGCCUUUUUAUUUUAUUUUCGGUCUCCUUGGCCAAUUCCUUUGAAUUUGCUUGGAAGGCAUGUCCCAAUUUUAAAGACUUUUCCACUAGAAAGCACUUUCCCCUUGAUGGUUCCCUGAAGCUUCCGUUCCAGCGUCCUGUACAAGCCUGUCGUACUUUUCAUUCUCAGGCUGUAGAACAAACGAUUGACGAUGUAAAAAGCCAACUUGCUGACGAAGAUCUCGCUCGUCUUUUCGAAAACUGUAUGCCCAACACUCUGGACACCACCAUUCGCUGGCAUUCUGAGUAUUCUGAGCAUCCACAAACUUUGGUUAUCACAGGAGACAUUCCUGCUGAAUGGAUCCGUGACUCUGCCAAUCAGCUUGCCCCUUACCUCCCUCUUGUUAAAUCAGAUCGUCCCCUGUCCAGCCUAAUUUUAGGUGCCAUCCAAACCCAAGCUGAAAUGCUGAUUCAAUUUCCCUACUGCAAUGCUUUUCAACCACCCAAACAAAGCCAUAUUGGUGGAAACGACAAUGGCCAAAGUGACCGCGUAACUCCAGCAUACGAUCCCCAGGUUGUGUUCGAAUGUAAGUACGAGCUUGACUCUCUUGCAGCCUUUCUUAAGCUUUCCCAUAGUUAUUGGCUUUAUAGCAAAGACGAAUCUAUCUUUACCCCUAAAUGGAUCUCUACUGUGCAGGUUAUUUUCCGAGUCUUGGAAGAACAAUCUACUCCCACUUUUGACGAGAGAACUGGCCUUCCUAAGCAUCCCGUUUAUACCUUCCUUCGUCAGACGGAUGCUGGAACUGAAACUCUUGGCCUUUCUGGUCGUGGCUUUCCUCUCAAUAGAAAUAGUUCGCUCGUUCGAACCGCUUUUCGUCCUUCCGAUGACGCAUCUAUUCUCCAGUAUCUCAUUCCUGCCAAUGCCAUGAUGGUAGUUGAGCUUUCCCACCUUUAUGAGAUGCUGGAAGCUGCUGGCCAUGCUGAUUUAGCAAAACUUGCCAUGACCUGGGCUAACAAAAUAUCAGAUGGUAUUCGUGAAAAUGGGAUUGUAGAGCACCCUAAAUUUGGAAAAGUUUACGCUUAUGAAGUAGAUGGAUAUGGAAGUGCCAUUUUCAUGGAUGAUGCAAACAUUCCUUCUCUCCUUUCGUUGCCCUAUCUCGGUUUUGUCGAACGCGAUGAUCCCGUGUACUUGAAUACAAGGAAAAUGGUUUUGAGUCCCGAUGGAAAUCCAUAUUUCUUAAAGGGAAGUGUCAUUUCCGGUAUUGGGGGUCCCCAUAUUGGUUUACGCAACGUUUGGCCCAUGAGCCUUAUUAUUCAGGCUAUCACUUCCGAUGAUGAUGAUGAAAUUCGCUCUUUAUUAAACACAAUCAAGCGUUCUACUGCUGGUCUUGGUUUAAUGCACGAGUCUGUCGAUGUCACUUCUUUCGCACGUUACACAAGAUCCUGGUUUUCUUGGGCGAAUUCACUUUAUGCUGAGCUAAUUAUAGAUUUACUGGAGAGAAAACCUCAUUUAUUGAAGGAAGACCAGUCUACUUGAUUACCGUAAUCUAUCUACGCGUUUUUUUCACGAAGCUUAAUCCACAGAUGAUUUGCUUAGGACAGAAAGGAUAUAUAUUCUAUCUUUUUUUUACAGAAAACAAUAAUGAUCAUGCCAUGACUUAAUUUCCAUUGUUAAUCAUUGCUUUUAGGAGCUUUACCUGUAGUAGUUUAAUCUACAAGAAACAGCAAUUGAAUCCUUUUCUUUUUUUACUUUGACAAAGGGAAAAAGCAGUGGGAAUGUUUCUAUGUAAUCUUGUAUUAUAUCGUAUGUACAGGUUACUGAAGGCUACAGACUACCUUUGAUUUUUUGAAACGACCAUCACUAAUUGUUAUUUGUUUUUUAUAUUACAUUCCAACUAAGGAGAUUUCUGUGUAGAAACUAAUCAUAUAAAAAAAAAUUGUAAUCUUCCUCUGC